AUGUUAGAAGCUCCACUCCCUUCGAUUUCCUCAUUCGCUCCAUUGGCCAAAUCCCUUCGUCCGGCUUCGACCGGAGUUCGUCGUGCUCCAGAAGUCGUCACCAUUCCAACACGAAAAGCCUAUCGUCCAGCGAAUCCUCCAAAAAGAAUUCCAAUGACUCUUCCACUUCUUCCACCACUUCAGCCUCUUCCACUUCCACAGUUCAUCCCAGUACCAGUUCCAGUUCUUCCUCCACAAGAUCUUCCAACUCUUCCAACUUUGGCUCCACACACUUUCCCAACAUUCACACCAAUUCCUGGAAUGCCAACGAUGCCAGGAUUGACAAUGCCACCAAGUUUUCAGCGCCUUCUCGGAAUUACUACGACUACAAUGAAACCAGCUGAGAAGACCGAAGAGACUGAAGAAUCUGAAUCAAGAUCAGGGUCUAGAGCUUAUAGUGCUCCAACGUACAACAAGGAUCUGAAUACAGUAAGAUCGAGACUCUCGAAAUUCGUCAGAGGAAGUGAUAAGAAAGCGACGAAAGCAGAGGAUAAUGCCGAUUGGAUUGUUCCAUUCCAUUAA